GACCAGGUAGGUGAUAAAAAUUCCAGACUUGCAGAUUUCAGCUGUAAACCAAAUUCGACUGUGUCCCUUGUAGUUUUGUUGUUUGCUGUGCCAGAAAACUUCAACCAUGUUGUAUUUGAUCUGUACUGGGGAUUUCCUUCAACAGGUCCAGAUUAUUUGGAUGCUUCUUGUUUGAUGUACAAUGGCUCUAAUUAUUCUACCCGUGCUGAUUACUGUCAUCGAGAUCCGAUUGAUGCCGUAUGUCACUCUGGUGAUAUAAUGGACCGUAAAUUAAAAAGAGGUCACCACACAAUCAGCAUAAAAUUGAAAGAACUUCCGGAUAGUAUGACACAUUUGUUUUUCACUUUGAGUGCCUGGAGAUCGCCUGAUAUUUCAAGGUAUCCAAAUCCAAGUCUUAAAUUCUAUGAAGCAGUAAAUCCUACUAAAGAUUUAUGUGAAACAACAUUCACACAUGCUCGAAAUUCUCAAGCGGUGAUAAUGUGUUCGCUUUCACGCAAAGGAAAUGGCCAGUGGAAAAUAUUUAGCUUUGGUACACUUUCUGCUGGAAAUGCAAUGGGUUACACUCCUUUAUUAAAAACUAUUCAGGAACUGCUAACACAGGGAUUUUAA